AUGCAGCAACAGCAGCUUGUGGUGGAGGAUGAGGAGCAGCAGAUGAGUGGGGCGUUGCUUUCUGCUGCACUGGCUGCACCGCAAGUCCUACCUCCUGGCCAGGGCACCUCACUUUUCUUCCACAUUCAGGACUUUGCCUCGUCACUCGGGAAUGAGCGCGUGGACAGGGAGAGCUUCAAGAGUGAUGUGCGGCUGGGGGGACAGGCGGAGCCUCUCAUCGACAUUGGCAGAGACCCACUGCAUGCCCUGCACCUCAGGGAACGAGGCUUCCAGGCUCUCCCUCCCCCAGACCCCGUCACCAACCCUGACGCCCCUCCCCCAAAGCAACCACUGCACAUCUCUCUACACCACUCCCGCUUCAACAUCACUCGCCCCAUCUCCGUUCCUCUCUCCCCCCGCGGCCAUCUCAACCCCAGCCGUGCACCUUCCUGGUCCACUCCUCCAGGAGGAGGGGUGGCGGGGGGGACAGGGAGCCCUGUGAUUGGCUCACGGCCCGUUUGGCGCUCAGGCAGUGGGGGAGGGGGAGGCACAGGGGGAGCAAGCAGUGUGCGUGGCCAAGGGGGUGAUCUGCUAGACGUGGUGCUUGUGUGGGAGUAUCAGGAGCAGGGGUCAGGGAAUGGGAGUGAUAGCAGGGCUGCUGCUGCUGGUGCGAUUGGUGGUUCAGCAUCUGGGUCAGAUGUGCCUUCCCUGGUUCUACCUGGGAGUGCAAUAAGGAGCACCAGCAAGACAACAUCAAUUGAAGGUGAUACUAAUUUGAAUGACAAAAACGGGAAUGGAGUGUGCAUAGGGACGCAUCAUAUCUGUAACUGUCAGGUCGGCCCAGCUUAUGGCGUCUCCUCUGUUGCUGCUGCAACUGCAAGUGCUAGCGCAAGUGUCGGAGGAGGGGGGAUAGCUAGUGGGGCUGCAACAGGAGCAGCAGCUACUGCAGGGAGCGGCUCAGUAGCAGACACUGCAUCCUCUGCUGCCAAUGCUGGUUCUGCUGCUGCAUCAGCUGCUGUGCGAUGGAGAAUGGACGGGCCUUCCUAUCUCCAGCAUGACUUCUCUUCCAAUCCCACCUGCCCCGUGUCUCUCACCCUCCUCCUCCGUAACUGCUCUUCUUCACCUGCCUCCGCUGCUGUCCACACUUUCGACCCUGCACUGCUGCCUGCUGUGGAAAAGAGUGUCAAUGCAUCCACUCUAGGCUCGAAUCUGCCUGAGAAAUCUGGCUUCUACUGCCCCAACAACUUGGAUGGCCAAGACGGCGGCACAGCAGCGAGUCCUAGAAGCUUCGCAGGAGGUUUCUCAGGUGGAGGCGGUGUGCUGGGUGGUGAUGAGGUGGCGUGUGGCACAGCAGCGUGUGGACCAUAUAUGUGGGCAGGACAGACUGCCAUGCAGAUUCCCAAGCUGGCUGCAGGAGAGGAAACUUCUGUGAAGCUCACGGCGGUGGUGUUUUCUCCUGGUGUGUACAAUUUCUGGAGUUACCGUGUUGCCUGGAGUGCUGAUGCCAGUGGUGGUGAAGCUGGAGCCAAGACAGGCCAGUCUGAGGCUGCCAAGGACAGCAGAAGCAAAGUUCCAACGAAGGAAGCUGGCGGCAAGAAUUCGAGCAAGCAUGGCUCACAGAAGGAGUAUUCUAAGAGUUCAACAGAGGAAGCCCAAGAGAAUGCUCAGAGGCUUGUGACAGGUGGUGCCAUGCUUCAUACCACUGCUGGUGUUGGUGCUGAUGAUGACGACCAUGUCGUCGAGUCCGUCUUCGCGUCGCGUUACACUUCUGCAAGUGUUCCCAAGUACCACAUUCCUAAGGAGGGUAUUCCCAAGGAGGCGGCGUAUCAGAUGAUUCACGACGAACUGCUGCUGGAUUGCAACCCGCGGCUCAAUCUGGCGUCGUUCGUGACCACGUGGAUGGAACCCGAGUGCGACCAGCUCGUCAUGGAGUCGCUCAAUAAGAAUUACAUCAACAUCGAAGAGUAUCCAGUCACUAACGAGCUCCAGGAGCGCUGCGUGAACAUCAUUGCGAAUCUUUACAACGCGCCUCUCGGGGAUGGGGAAGGCGCAAUUGGCGCGGGGUGCGUGGGGUCGUCAGAGGCAAUCAUGCUGGCGGGACUCGCGUUCAAGCGCAAGUGGCAGGAGAAGCGCAAGGCGCAGGGGCUACCGUACGAUAAGCCCAACUUCAUAUGCGGCUCUGAAGUCCAGGUGUGCUGGGAGAAGUUUUCCAACUACUUCGAGGUGGAGACCAAGUUCGUGAAUGUGAAGGAAGGGUCGUUCGUGAUGGACCCGCACGAUGCUGUGGAGGCUGUGGACGAAAACACCAUCUGCAUCUGCGGCAUUCUCGGGUCGACUUACAACGGGGAAUUUGAGGACAUCAAGCUCCUGAAUGAUCUGCUCGUGGAGAAGAAUGCCAAGACCGGGUGGGACACGCCGAUCCACGUGGACGCGGCGAGCGGCGGUUUCGUGGCGCCGUUCCUGUGGCCGGAGCUGGAGUGGGACUUCCGGCUGCCCACGGUGCGAUCCAUCAACGUGAGCGGGCACAAGUACGGGCUCGUGUACCCCGGCGUGGGGUGGGUGGUGUGGCGCAGCAAGGCCGACCUCCCCGAGGACCUCAUCUUCCACGUCAACUACCUGGGCGCGGACCAGCCCACCUUCACGCUCAACUUCUCCAAAGGCUCCAGCCAGCUGAUCGCGCAGUACUAUCAGUUCGUCCGCCUUGGCUUUGAGGGUUACCGCAAGAUCAUAGGCAACUGUCAGACGAACGCCAUGUACCUCAAGAAGGCGAUAGAGGACAUGGGGUGCUUUGACAUCCUCUCCAAGGACGUGGGUGUGCCGCUUGUCACCUUCGCUCUCAAGGAGAAGAACGGCAAUUUCAACGAGUACGAUAUUGCUGACGUGCUCAAGCAGUUCGGGUGGAUCAUCCCCGCCUACACCAUGGCCCCUGACCUCGAGCAUGUCACCAUGCUGCGCGCUCUCGUCCGAGAGGACUUCUCUCGCUCGCUCGCCGAUCGCUUCCUGGCCGACCUGCGCAUGACAGUGAAGAUGCUGGAGGACAGAGGCGCUGGUAUGCCCCGCACCAAAUCCACGGCUGAGGCUGCUGCUGCUGCGGUUGCCUCGGUGCCCGAGCAUAAGCCCGUGACAGUGGAGGUUCCCAAGCCUGGGUCAAAGCUGGCUCGCGACCUGGCAGCGGACGAGGUGUAUGUGCUGUCGCCGCUGGCGGGCACGCGGCUGAUGCCGCCCAGUAAGCUCGAGUACAGCCACUCGAUGGACUCGUCCGCGCUGCGCCAGCGCACCUUCAGGGUGUUCAAGAAGAACAGCAUUGCCAAGACCAACGGGGUGUGCUAG